AUGGCAGAGAAUAUGCAGUCAAUAUUCAAGCAAAGACCCCCACGGAAGUUCUUCUGCGACUUCCAGGACUGCGGAAAAUCCUUCACGAGGGCAGAGCAUCUCCAAAGGCAUGAGCUGAACCACCGUGACUCACCAAACACCUGCGCUAGAUGCUCCGCACAUUUUGCCCGGCCGGACCUAUUAGAAAGACAUAUGGAACGGCAUGCGCAGAAGGACAAGGAGGCAGGUGGGGAAGGGCUCGGAAUCUUGGUCACGAGGAAACGGUGCUGGCGUGACGAAAACGGGAAUAUCACAACGAAGCGGCCGGCGUCGAGUAUGGCCGCCGUUGGGAAGGCUCUUGAAGCUCAGCUGCAGAGGAGGGCCGACAGCAGUGAUGAUAGUUGUUCGAAUGAUCCGAGAUCUCCUGCGCACGCUGGACCAUCGACGUUGAGCCAAAAACGGAGGGAUAUGAGUGCUGCCCACGAGGAGAAGGUUGUCGAUAGUACGGGCUUCCGGGGGUUUGAGACGUAUGAGCAGCUGGAGGGGCAGGGCCGGAAUUUGCAGAGUGGUAACUUCAUCCUAGCUCCGGUGGCCGAGCAACAACCGGGUUAUUAUUUAGGUCACACUCUGCCGGAGGAAACCCCUGCAGUUAUUGAUGGGACCCUCAACCAGUAUCAUGGGAGUUAUGAUCCCAUCUUUGAAGCGAAUACAGCACAGAGCUUGAAUAUGCCUUUUAGCGGUGGUUACAAUUGCGAUUGGUAUUAUGAAGGAGACAUAGGACAAUCGGGAGAAGCUCAGGAGAACAUUGACACGGCCUUGAAUCGGGAUAUGAGGACGGGUCACAUUAGCACACCUCUCCGAGUGGGGCCGGGCUACAUCGAAGGCCCGGGAUUGCUAACAACAACGGAUGAACAAUACACUAGUUUUUCGGCCCAAGUUCACCAAGCAGUCCACCCACCACCACAGCAACAGCAGCAGUUUAUCAAACCGGAGUUGCCCCAGGGUGAUGUAGUUUUCGAACCGCACUUCUGUUUCUCAAAUGGCCCAACGAUCGCCAUCUCGGCGGCCCCGAGCGACCCUUGUACCGACGGCGCAAUUCCUCCUCUUUUGAAACACCGGCGAAGUGCACGGGUUGCAGAAAAUUCCCAGCUACUCCAACAAAGACCAAUUUUAUACCCGAAACCCCGACCAUCUCACGGAACCCCUCCAUAUCCAAACAUCAGAUCAGCGAGGCCACACGGAAACGAAUCCUCGAGUUCAUAA